UGGUGCGUGCAAAUAAUUUUUGGUAUUUGUUUACAAAAGGUUAGGAUGCUUAUAAAAAUAGCGCAAUGCUGUAGAAGUUAAUCAGCGAGACCCGUCUGAUGUUGAAAUCUGUCUCUGGUGUUUUGUAUUCAACACUGAAACAUUGUUGUUUUCUGUUUAAUUGUUUUGUGGCUCGGUGGUUAUCGCUUUCAAGCCGUGGGGUUAGGAUUUUCCUACGGACCGCGAAAGCGACGCGCGCCCUCCCUUUAAAGUGAGCAUGCGCAUGACAUGUUGUAAACAAUGAGGCUAUUCCAGACCGUCUUGAGCUUUGUGUCUAAGUUUAUCUGUGCAAAAACUAAGCGGUACUCCACACCUGCGAACCUCUGCAGCGAGAUGUUCCUCGGGAGCUGAAGAAUGGAGGCGGUUCUGACCAGGCUGAGGGGGCUGAGCGCCGCCGAGCUGUCCGAGGAGUUCGUCAGAGCAGACCUAAAGUGUGGCCCCAUCACAUCGACGACCCGAGCCACCUACGAGAGGAAGCUAGCCCGAGUUCUGGCCGGACAAGAGGGAGCUGCUGCCGCUGAAACAGACAGCAGCUGUUCAUCCCAGGUCACAGACGGCGCCGCCAGUUUCUCCAAACCUGCGGCAGGUGACACCUCAGCAGUUUCACUCGAGUCCGCUGCAGCCAACAGCAGCACCUCUCAGAGAAAUGGUGAAGAUUUAGACUUUGGAUAUGAUGUGGGUCUAAACCCUCCCGAUGAAGAGGAGAUCUCAGGAAAGUCAGAUUUUAACAGCUCGGCCGACUGCAGCAGCUCUCAGUUCAAAGCAGAAACCCCUUCAAAGCCAGCACAAGCGUCUCCGACGUUUUAUUAUGGAGUCUGUCCGCUGUGGGAGGACGUGAUGGCACGAACCGAGGGAGCACAUGUUUACACGGAUAAGAAAGACGCACUUCAGGCUGUAAAAACCAUGAAGGGUGCACGCUUCAAAGCCUUUACCAGCCAGGAAGAGGCGGAGAGGUUCUCUAAGGGACUCUGUGACUACUGCCCAUCUCCCAGCAAGUCCACACCCUGCAUCUCGCCCAUCAAACCUGGACUAUUCGUCGGGAAAGAACACGUGGAGGUGGACACCAUCAACAGGGAGAAGGCCAACAGUUUUAAAAGCCCGAGGAGUCAGGACCUGACAGCCAAACUCCGGAAAGCCGUGGAGAAGGGGGAUGAGCAAGCCUUCAGCGAGCUCGUCUGGAGCAACCCGCGCUACCUGAUCGGCUCGGGGGAUAAUCCCACUGUUGUCCAGGAGGGCUGCCGGUACAAUGUGAUGCAUGUGGCGGCCAAGGAGAACCAGGCGGGGAUCGCUCAGCUGCUACUGGACACCCUGGAAAACCCCGAGUUCAUGCGCCUCAUGUACCCAGACGACCAGGAGGUCAUGCUGCAGAAACGAAUCCGCUACAUUGUAGAUCUUUACCUCAACACUCCAGAUAAGGCUAGCUUUGAAACGCCGCUCCACUUUGCCUGUAAGUUUGGAUGCCCGGAUGUGGUCAACGUGCUCUGCUCGCACCCCGACAUCGAGAAGAACUGCAAGAACCGGGACGGCCAGAAGCCUUCUGACCUUAUUUGUAGCAGGAAAAAUAAAACUGCAGAAGUGAAACAGAGAAUAAGUGACUUCUUGGAGGACCGCUGCUAUAUUCCCUUACUGAGGGCGACCGACAACACCUCUCUGCCCAUCAUCGGUGCUUCCUGGUCGCCAGAGUCCUCGGAGAGCCUCUCUCUGAUCCAGCGACACACAAGGAGCCCCACAGAUCCUUGGAUGACGGUCACAGCCUUCGCCGGCCCACUUAGCCCGUCUAAAGCGGAUGAUUUUCGUCGGUCCUGGAAGACGCCACCAAGAGACCGGGCUGAGUUCUUCCACCACAUUCUUAAAUCCGACCCGGACAGAGGGGCUGAGAGGGUGGGCAGAGACCUGGCUCAUGAGAUGGGGCACCCCUGGGCUGAGUAUUGGGGCUUCCUGGACUGUUUGGUGGAUCUGUCCUCCUCCGAGGGGCUCCGUAAGCUGGAGGAGUAUCUGAGCAAGAAGGAUUUUAAUCACCGGGCUCAUGAAGGGGCGGGGCCAAACGAGACCAGCAACAGGUUCAAAACUCCCUCGCCAGGCAAGCCCAAAAAAUUCUGCAACUCCAUUUCAGUCGGUGCCUUCCUAGAUGAGGGUGACGACAUCAGCCUGGAGGAGAUAAAGAACCGUCAAAACGCGGCGCUCUCCAGCAUCACCUCGUCCGCCGCGUCCAAAGACACCUUGAAGGGCGCCGUGGGCGGCCGGGAGUUCCACAUCGCGCUGCGCCACCGCGGGGCCGACUUGAUCGAGAACGCCGCCGAGCGGGACCUGCUGUGCUGCUGCGACGACGGCCUCCUGUCGCCCGGCGUCGUCUGCAAAAGCGAAGCGUGCGCCUCCUCGUCCUCGUCCAGGGAUAGAACUCACAACGGAGAAAAGGCGUCCCCGCGCGGCUCUCCGUCCUCCUCCUGCAUGCUGUCGCCCAUCUCCAACCUGAUGGCGGAGUUCGAGCGCAUGUCGCUCCGCGAGCCCGCAGACAGCCCCGCCGGCUACCUCGAGCGGCGGAGCGGCAGCAGGAACCGGCACAAGGACGGCCGCAACUCGUGCAGCUCCUUCUCGGCCACAGACCUCAGCUCCGGCCUGAACCGCCUGUCGCUCCGGCAGGACGGCAGGGACCGGGCGGAGAGCAGCGGGAGCGGUAGCAGCAGCGGUAGCUCAGAUGAAUACUUAACCGCCGAGGAGAGUCUGGAGUUGCUGGGGAGGACUAGAGGGUCAGCAUCUGGGGUGCGCAACUUCUGCGCGAGAUCCAAGUCGUGGGACCAUGGAGGCCGGGACCUGAGCAGCUCCGGCUCCUCAGGAUCUUCGUAUAAGUCUCUAGAUAACUCCCACGAGUUCCUACCCAGGACCCCGCCGCACUUUAGGAGAGGACUUUUUAUCGAGGGUGACUCGCCCACUAAGCUGGACAGCGAGGUCAUGUCAGCGUUGCGGGACGCUGAUAUCGAUCCACAGAAGUAUCCCAGUGUGCAUAAGUGGAAGAGCACAAUGAAGUCGUACUCUCCAUCGGACAUGCAGAGCUGGCCAAGCCCUGCCGUGAAACCCCGACUCAGGAUGCAGCAGCAGCAGCAGCAGACCCCCGGCUCCCCCGGCAGCGGCCUGAUGUCUCCCACCGAUCGCUUUAGUCCGGUCCGCCACGCUGCCUCGCCAGACUUUAGUCCCAGCCGGUACAGCCCUGCCAACGUCAGCUACAUCCAACGCCUCCGCUGCAAGCACCUGAGUGAGCCACUAUUCUAAACUGCCCCACCCGCCUCUCUCUUCCUCACUUCUACCAACACACACACACACACACCCUCCACCCCAGCUACACCCAGGUCACAACACCCAGAGCUCAGAAACCACCAAACUUGACAGAAAUAUGCACAAGUGUCUGGAAGAUUUGUAUCAAUGAUGUAUGGUACUACUAAUGUAAAGCAGGAAUUCUCAUCAACAUUAGACUGUAAAAAAAAAAAAAAAAAUGGAGCAUCUGAAAUGUUUGUUGACGUACUGUAAGGAUGUGGAACUAUGUGGAAAUUCAUGAAAACGUGUUCGUGGCAACUGUGAAAACACCUCUGAUCAUAGCCGGAGUCCACUUUUUUCUUUCUUUCUUUUUUUUUUUUAUAAUAUUGUGAACACAUGCCACACUUCUCCCCCCUUCCAAAAAAAAAAAAAAAAGUUCAGCCGGUCACUUAAAAAAACAACAGCCCACAGCCGUCAGGAUUCUGUCACCGAACAAUGUCGUGGAAAACACUAAAACGAGUAAAAAAAUUGUCAAUAUUUUAAAUAUUUUUUUGUAUGUUGGUCAGUAGCACAAAAAAUAAGAAAUGUUUUUAUUAAUGGUGUUUAAAACUGCCAUUUCCUGUGUUGUUCCUCAGUUCAGGAAUCGCCUUAAUUUUCUGAAGUGAUUGAUCCGUUGUGUCGGUUUAGACUCACUUUAGCUCGUACAUGAAACGUAUGAGGAGACAAAAGGAGAGAAAAAAGCGGAGAUCUUCCAUAUUUUUGUUUUGAUCUGUAGUAAAAAUUAGCAUUUUUUUCAUGUCUACCAGAUGGCUCCAAUAUGUUUUGACAUUCUGCAUCCCAUUAAGGGCAGCCUUAAACAGUGCCAUUUCCUGUUUGGUUUUUUCCAUGUCAUAAGCAUGACCUUCAGUGCAUAGUUGGCACUAACCAACCAUAAGUCAGGUUUCAUUUGUUUUUUUCCUAGCUGAAGAUCAGAUUUAAAGCUGAUUUAAAAGGGUGGGGGAUUUUUUGUUGGUUUUUGUUUUGAGCACUAGAGGGCAGUGUGACCCAACACCACCAUCCACACUUGUUUAAUAUCUUGAGGAUCCAUUUGAGAUAACAUGUCAACUAAGCAGAAGCUGCCUUAUGUGACUAGAUGAGUUGCAUCCAGUAUUUAUAUCCGUUCUAACGAUGCAAAAAAAAUAAAUAAUAAUUUGACUCCUUGGGGGUGGGGGAAGCAACUUUAAUCAACCAAGCUGUGUGCCAGGAGUCUUGUUCUGACUCAAAGUGGCUUACCGUGUAUUCAUGUUACAUGUUAAGGUUUUUCAGAACUAGCUGAGUCAGUUAUGUUUAGAUGAAGGUUGGGAAAAAAAAAUAUUUCCAAAUUGACACCAUCCUCACUCAAGUUGAGAGCAACAAACGUUCUGAAUGUAUUUUUCUAACCUUUUGUCUAAGAGCACAAUCCACUUCACCAAGAAGAUUGUAUCGUCAUUCUCGUGCUCUUAGGUGAUGAGAUCGAGUUCUGGUCUCUGAAUGUUAAUGAAUGUGGAACUUUGCAAAAGUGCACCUAAAAAAAAAAAAAAAAAGCUGAUUUGAACAUGCUUCUUGUGCUUUUAGCAUUCUGUAUUUUUAUUAAAAUAAACUUUCAUGUUUUUGUUUUCAUCUAAUCAAUAAACCUUCACUCCCACCUUC